GAUGCGGUGUAGACACAACAGCAACAACAAUGUCUAGUCUAAACUUCAAGCUUAUUCGUCUUGGAUCGUGUUUACAUGAUCAGUGGUUGAAGGAAAAGACACUGUUCCAGACACGGCUCAAUGCCGAGAGACAUGCAGAUGAACUCUUAGAUUGUGAUGAAGUUUCUGCGGGGGAUUUUCUUGAUCAUUUACUCGAUGUUCAUCGGCGAAUGUGUCGAGUUUGUAGUUGCAGAAAAACAACGUCAAACUCAAGAAGUGAAGUCAACGAGUCAAAAGUCUCCCUGUUGUCUCCUGCAUCAGAACUUCCAACACCUCAUCAAGUUUUAAGAAGUGGGGAAGUUACAGGCUCGUGUAAGACCACCACUCCAGAAUCACAAUCAAGGACUGCACAAGUAACUGCUGAUUUAACGUCACCGAGCACACAAGAUGGUUUGGAUCACUCGGAGGAACUUACGAGUCAAGUUGAGAACCAGUUCACCAACAGUGUGUAUAAAGCAGAGGUCAGAGAUGAAAGGUCACCGAUAUGGAUAUCAGAUGAUGAAGAGUCUAAUGACAACCAUGGCAGAAUGCUGCAGACAGAGACAUCCAAUGUCAUUCCAACUGAUAUUCAGAUGUCAUCCGAAACCACUGAAGGUCAAAGGUCACAUUUCGACCCUUCAAUGUCAGUCAUGGAAUCUUGUAGAGUCCACGAUGCGGAGCAGUCUGAUGCAGUGGGAAGCAAACCUGCCAAUCACAAUCAGUUUAUGUGCUGGGAUUGCGGACAGAUGUUUGAUAAUUUGACACACCUCCAGCAGCACUGUAAUAGCAGCAACUGCAGCCAGAAACAAGGAGCCGUCAUCAACGACUACAACAGAGCGAGUGUGCCAAUGAUUGAUGACAGCCACAUCUCAAGUUUGAAUGCUGGACCGGCCACCUCCCAAGAUCCUUCAACUCACACAUACAGCCAGGAUCACUCGGAAACGGACAUACCUACCAGGGCUUUUAACAAUGAUCUAGGCAACAGAUUCUUCCAACGGAAGCGGAGAUUCCAUACCAACAUCAAGCCGUUUGGAUGCGCCAUCUGUAACAAAACUUUCACGCAGUUAGCUGCACUUAAAGAACAUAGACAUGUUCACGAUGAUGUCAGGCAGUAUGCAUGCUCUAUCUGCAAUAAGAGGUUUAAAUAUCGGAGCAAUCUCUACGAACACCGAAAAACCAGUCACAGGGUGACGCAAACUGUUGUGUCAACAUAUCAACCAGCGAGGGUGCAAAGUAUAAGUCAAGUAUCUGAAACAAUUUCUUCGCAGGGAACUCAAGAUCUUAAUCAUACCCGUCAAUUGCCUCUUGAAGAAACUAUAUCCCAAGGUGCAAGUUUUACGGAGAGUCCGCCACAACAAGCGGAAAAUCACCCACAUUUGGAAGGGGUUCAGAGUGGUAUCGCCAUAAACCAGGUCAGAUCCCUCGCACAGCCCAACUUCUUCACGCUCGACGAUCCAAAGAAGUAUGUUUGCGACAUCUGCGGUCGACCGUUUGCUCAGAGUAACAAUCUAAAAAGGCAUCGUCGGACUCACACCAAAGAGAAACCCUACCAAUGCGAUGUGUGCUUGAAGUCCUUCACACAAAGCAACACGAUGAAGGAGCAUAAGAAGAUCCAUUCAGAUCAGAAAGCCUAUGGAUGCGCCUUCUGCGGGAAGCGCUUUAGGCAGCGAAGCAGUCUGGACAAACAUAAGAAGUCUUAUGCAACAACGGAGGAUGUUGCGUGCGGACUUUGCGGACAGAAAUUCAAACAGAAAUGUACUCUCAGAGUUCACAUGGCCAACCAUGUGAUUUUCUUGCCGUGAUGGUAACAAUUAUAAAACUAUGCCAAUUAGGGUAUAUUUAGUUAUUUAUACUAUAACUCAGAUUGGUACAUUGACUCCAAUGAGGACCAUUUUACCAAAUUAUGAAAUCUUAGUGCACUUGUUUUGAUCUCUUAAAGACACCGGACACUAUUGGUAAUUGUCAAAGUCUAGCCUUCACAAUUGGUGUAUCUCAACAUACA